AUGAACCUCGACUUCAACUCCUCGGACUUUGAGGACAUCGUCGAGCUCGAGCCCGACAGGAGCAAGGUGUUCAAGCCCAAAGCCAGCAUUGGUCAGCGUGUCGCCGAGGCGAUCAUCAACAACCAAGCGACCGACCGUCCGCUCAGCAAGUACAAUUACCGCGACCUGUCGGUGGGAGCAGGUGCACCAAGCACUCGCGUACACCUGCGCUUGGCUGAAGUAAUCUGGGACGCUUUCUGUGCUAGUAUCAACCAUGACCCAAGCGUUUGCCCUUCUGGUGAACAGAUUUUCCGAGCCAUCGACUCGCGGACGCGGAGAACGGUGCCGAGCCUCCGGGGCAAGACAGCGCCAAGUCUCAGUACCAUUAUGGGUUUCUGGAGGAGAUUGAUCGAGGUCCUCACGUUCCGUCACAGGGAUCUCAAGCAACAUUACGGCGCCUUUGAAGUGACCCGUAUCAAGACCCACCUUGACAAUCUGGUGUACCGAAAGCUGCUUGUCCGUGGAAAAUGGCGCAAGAUGCAAUGGGUUGGGUUUCAGGUGUUGCUACGCAUAGCGAAUAGCUGGAUCGAGCAUGCUCUCAAUGGCGGCUGCCAUGAUUGGGAUGUCGUGCUGCUCAAACUGCUUGGUUUGAUACUGAUGGGAGCCUGCGGUGCUCGAGCUGGUGAUGUCGCGCGCUCGAAUCACUACAACGGAGUCGAAUACCUUUGCUGGGCGGACUUGGAGAUGAAGCUGAAGUCAACGUCGCCUCAAGAGGCUCCAAGCGUACAGGACCUGACUCUCACGGUCACCCUCGAGUACACUAAAGGUCACAAACGAACGAUGAACGAAAGUCGCAGUGUCUACAUCGAGCCACUCGAAGACCCCAACCACAGCGCCGUUUGCCUUGUGAAGCUUCUCCUCAUCGUCGCUCUCCGCCUGGGCCAGGUUCAGUUCUCGACCAUACAUGAGGUUCUUGCUCAAGCCGCAGCGCGAUGGGAUGGUGCUGUGCAAUGGAAGGAUCCCAAGGCACCAGUGGUGUGCAAAUUGCGGCCGAAACGGGACUUCAGCAAGCCUGCUUCAACUGAUCAGCUUAGAGCAACAGUGAAAGCCAUGGCUCUCAACGCCGGCGUUUUGGCACCAAUAACCACCCACGACUUGCGUAGAGGAGCGCUUCGUGAUACGGCCUACCGUACCACGCAGUCAACGUCUGGACUCGCAGAUAAUUUUGUGGCGCUCGCUGCCGGACAUACCGACAAGGCAUUGAGCAACGGCGUUACUCAGCACUAUGUUGGUGAUCUUCAGACGCCAUUGUGGAACGACCGGGCUUCAAAUACGUUCGUGGAUCACAAGGCGCCGGCUUUUGCUCCAUCCCCGGCCCCAGAUAUGACGACACGAACGAAAGCUGGAAAAGCUGAUGUGCGCGCGUACAUGGAGAAACACGGUCUGGACACGUCUAGUGAGAGUGCGCGGAGGCACGCCACUCGCGCAUGGAGGAAUGAGGCCAUGGACGCCUGGCGUACUGGGGAAGGAUUUGAGGUGGAGCCUACGCCAUCGAAGAAGCAAAAAGUGGAGGUGUUGCGCGAGCAGAGUGCCAGUGAGAUCAACGUGCGCAGCAAUCGCCCCGUCCCGUCCGACAGCUUCGUCGACGCUGGCACGCGCCUACCGAGUCACUCGGUCCAUGCACCAGCAGGCGAUGAGCGGAGUAACCUGGAUCCCGCGCUGUUUGGCUACGACGACGAGAACGAGGAGACGGAAGUUGACAGCAACGAGCUCGACCAUGUCUGCAAUCUUGUUACUCAGACGGUCGGUGAUGAGGCUGAGCUCGAUGACAGCCCGGAUGACAUCGACGAUGAGACUUUCGAACAGACGGUGGCGACUGAACUGGCGCCAGCGAGUGACACGGUACAGCUCACCGGGAACGCCUUUGUCCAGAAGUUUGCAGCAAUCAACGUAUUCCGAACUACUUCUAGGUUCAACAUCGACAAUCCCACAGCACUUGCGAAGCGAGUGUCUUCCGGCAACAGCAGAGAUCCGCCCUCGCCGUACAUCUUCCGUUGCAAGCAACCUAACUGCCCAUACUCUACCCGUCUCCAUCAGGACUUUGAGAGACAUACUGGACUUUGCACUGGCUUCUCUGCGCCUCCCAAGAAGGAGUUUCCUUGCCCAUACGACGACUGCGACAAGGCAUAUUCAUCGGAAAUGUCCCUAAAAACACACCUGGAUGAACACCGGUUUACGCCCAGACCAUGCCCAAGGUGCCCGGACAAACCUGAUGUCCUCUAUCGAACAAGAGCCGAGCUCAACGCCCAUGGCCAGAAAGUCCACACAGCGCUGCCAACCGCCGCCCUGUGUCCACUGCAGAAGGACUGUGGGUCCAAGAAACUCUGGGACAACCGGACAAACUUGAAGAAACAUCUGAGGGAAUUGCACCGAUUGCAAGGCAAAGAUGCGGAUGCUUAUCUUCCUAAAGUGGGCAAUGGUAAGGGAUUCACCUGCACUGUUCUGUCAUGCCGCCAGGAGUUCAGCAAGAUCACCCAACUUCGUCUUCACAUGCGGGAGGAGCACCAACUCUCGGCCAAAGAGGCCCUCGCGAAAGCGCCAGGGCAACGCAAGCCAAAGAGCCGGGUGACAGUCGAGGAACCCGUUCGGGGCGAAAGGAGUGUUGAGCCUGCAGAGCUCGCACAGGUGGGUGGCGAUGAGGGCAGUGCGGACGAGGACGAUGCAGGCGAUGAGGGCGAUGUGAGUGAGGAGGAGGCUCAAGUUUCACCGUACUUCUUCCAGCAGUACUACUAUCAAGGACAGUAG